AUGGCUGCAAACAACACCGAACCUACUAAUGGUGCCAAUGGCAUCCCCGCUGUCGAGCCGAAGCUAGCCCGCCUGCCUCGCACCUCAACGCCGCAAGAGGUAUUGACGGUUCUGCUCCGAGACGGCGGUCUGAUCCUUGAGCAAAUAGCCGAUCAUGAAGACAUCGACAAGGCCAUUGAAGAGAUUCAACCUCAUCUGCUCGGCCAGGCAAGACACGAUGGCGUUACCAUGCCGAAAGAAAGCAAACAAAUUUCAGGUCUGGCGGGCAAGAGCCGCACCUUUGCAACCAAGCUCCUAGCCCAUCCCUUAUACCAAGAAGUGAGCAAUUUACUACUCGCCAAAACGAGCACAACCUACUACGGCAAACAAAAGCAAACCUCUGUCAGCAUGCCUCAAGUCACAAACACCAUGGCCUUUUGGAUUGGACCUGGGGCUAAGGCCCAAGGACUUCACCGAGAUGACCAGUGCCAUCACACCCGCCAUCCAGCAAAAUAUGAAACCGAUUUGGGCUUGAUGUUCGCAGCGACAAAGUCGCAUAGAGCAAAUGGCGCCACGCGAGUCGUGCCAGGCUCCAACAAGUGGGACGACUACCGAAAGCCUCGACCAUAUGAGGCUGCCUCAGCUGAGUUGGAGAAGGGGGAUGCCUUGAUGUGGCUUGGAUCAACCUACCAUGGAGCAGGUCAGAAUACUACUUCGGAUGAAUACAGACUUCUAUUUGCUGGGUUUAUGACACCUGGUUGGUGUAGGCAGGAUGAGAACCAAUAUCUGGCUUACAGCUUUGAAGAUAUCAAGGACUAUCCGGAAGAUGUUCAAAAGCUAUUAGGCUACUAUGUAAGCCGUCCUUAUGGUGGUUUUGUGGAGCAGAUGGAACCAUUGGAAUUUUUGAAGUGCAAUGGCGACUGGACCAAGUGGAAGCCAGGUGAUCUUUUGUGA